AUGAGUCGGUCAAUUCAGUUUUGGUCUCACAAGAUCGGCCCAAAUCCGUGGAAGAACGUGAUUGUCUUCGAGGAGCUCGGAAUACCAUAUGCAACAGAAUAUCUAGAGUUUGGCAAUAAUGCGGGAGGGGUGGAGCAUCCCAGCUUCCUAAAGAAAAAUGCUGCAGGCCGUGUUCCGCUAAUCCACGAUCCAGCAACAGGCAUGAUCCUAACAGAAUCUAACGUCAUCAACCAUUACCUAUUGGAUCACUAUGACAAGGACGAUAUACUUUCUCCGGCUACAGAGCAAGAUAAAUACCUAGUGGACAAAUAUCUUGGCUUUCAAAGCAGCACGCAAGCACCCUUUUAUGCACAGGUUAGUCUCCCCCUCCACAUUUUGGUUGGAUUUGGGUGGCUCACAUUUAUCCAGUCUCUUCAGAUGAGAAAUAAGAAAAAUUUCGAUGGAGUAGCUCACUUUCAACAUCUUGUCAAAAGAACGCUGCGAACUAUUGAUGAUGAGCUGCGCGGGAAAGGGUUCCUUGUAGGCGGCAAAUGCACUCUCGCGGAUUUGGCUUUCAUUCCGUGGGAUCUCAUGUUAGACAUUGUACUUCAGGGAGACGCCGAAGCCGGAACCGCCAGCGACAGGAAGCAAUUGUUUCCAAACUGGUACAAUUGGCACGUUAAGAUGAUUCAGAGAGAAGCUGUGCAGAAGAUGAUGAAGCUAAAGGAGGAAGUGAAUGCAAACUAA